AUGCCCAGAAGUCGGUUGCACAGUCCAGCUCAUCGUCGAGAACCGCAAGCCAAAUCUAUCCUCAAACCUGAUCCAUCGUCUGGCGUCAGAAAGUGCCAACCCAGAGCAUCCGACGCCAAAGGCAGACACAAGUCUGUCACCGUCCGGCUAGAGCCUGAAGUCCAGCACAUUUUCGACGACUCUCUUGUCUCCUGCAAUUCCAACGAGGAGAACGACCCUCCUUCGCCUUCCUACAUCAGAAGCUCUGUAACUGACGAGAACGACGACGACACUAGCACCAGCACCAUGGAGGUGUCUGACGCCCCCCUUCCACCCCCUGACAAGGCAAAGCGCCCGUCCCUAAAACUCAAGUUCCCCAGCAAACCUGCAACAUCUCAAGCCGGAGGAGUUCAACCUGCACCGGCGCAGAGCCCAGCACCUCAGAGUGCAGUAAGGACUCCAUCCAUCAAGCUCAAACUUCCAGGCACAAGCACUCCCCGGGCGGGCCCUGAAGAUGCCCCAAAGGCAAAGAAGAAGAAGAAGGACACGGAUACUGCCACCGGGACUCCAGGUUCAUCUUCAAAAAAACGCAAACGCGACUCACAGGCAGGCGAGGAAGACGAUGGGAGAAAUCGACCAGCACCAGCUCCGCCCAAGCCUACCGCCUUUCGAAAACUGACAUUCAAAAAAUCGUCCCUGCCCACUCCAUCAUCCGCGCCCAAGCCUACAGGAACAGCACACUUGGCAUUCAAAAUCAAAGGUAAAAUUCCCAAGCGAGCGUUGGGUGUGGGCUACGACUCAGAACUCGAGAGCGAAUACCAGAACGACAAGGGCGAGACGCUUGUCGGUCGCGAAGUCGACCCGGUCAUACAUGAAGGCUUUGUGCUACGAAUGCAACCCGGAGACGAUUGCGAUUAUCUACGGAAAGUGAUCGAGGAUGGGACAGCAGGCCAGGUGCUAGCAAGAGGCGCUCACGUCAAUCUAAGGAUGCUCGAUACUCUAGGCAGGAGAGGCAUUUUGCAGAUCAAGGAUCACAAGUACGCUACCACGCUGGUAGAUCUCCCGUGCAUUAUUGAAGGAAUGAAAUCCUGGGACAAGAAAGGGUGGAUCAAGAGUAUAGACAUCUGUCAGAUGCUGUUAGUGCUUGGCCGUUGCAAUAACGAGGAGGAAGCCAGGAAUUAUCCCCUCCCCGAAGAUGUUGAUCCCAAAACCUAUCAAUAUGCUCAUGGGCUUACGGCCCCCAUGAAAUGGGUACGGAAGAGACGAUUUGCAAGAACAAAACGAGCACGUGUGGAUGACAUUGAAGCGGUUGAACGAAGGGUCCAUGCUCUCCUUGAAGCGGACAAGGCGGCCUUGAGCUCAAAGUAUCAACUUCUGGAUCAUGACCCGCGCCUUGACGAACAUGGUUACAGCACGGAAUUGGAAGAAGACGAAGAUGCGGAGGGUGAGCCAGAGGACUAUUUCGAUCUACAGCCUGGUGUGCACGGUUCCAUCGCAGAAACGCCAAUGCUCACCGAAACACCUGUGCAGGAGGAAGUCGGGCAAGAGGAUUUGGAUGAGCUCGAACGCAUGUUCUUUGACGAGGAUGCCGGACCUUCCGCAGAGCCAACCGUUCAGGCUCGAAACACCUUACAUCCUCCUGAAGCGGGUGGUGACUCGUCUUUCGCAGUAACUAGCACAUCAGCGUCCCCUUCGAUGACCGCUGCACAGACACCUGUCUCAGCAGAACCUGCAGAAGCAUCUUCAGACGAGGACGAAGACGAAGAUGCCGGUGAUGAGGACGAAGACCGCGACGAUGCUGACAAGGAGGGCGAUGAGAAUAAACGACAAGUUCUGGAGAGAAUUGAGGAUAUGCAAAACAAGAUUGCGGAGCAGAGAGAGUUGCUCAAGAAGACAACGAAUGCGAUCUUGAAGAAGAAAUUGGCGAGAAAGAUUCAGGAUCUGGAGGAUGACGUCGCUAUGAUGAGGAAGAAUGCUGGGUUGGGCGGAGACGAGGAUGAGGAUUGA